GUAUUUAUUAUCAUGCAAACAUGGAAAUUACUUCAAAGAUGUAUGAAACAAGACAGAAAAGAAAGUCAAAUGAGACCAUUCCAAAGUCCAGGGUGGACUGGAAACGCACAAAAGUAGACUCUAUAUCCCACAUUCUUGACUCUGAUGAGUCGACUUCCACAUCCGAAGAAGAAGAGCAAGUUGAUAGUAGCAGUGUAUCCAGUGUAGAGAAUGAAGAACAGCUGGGGCUAUCAGGGGGCACUGCCGAUGAUGGAGAAGACAACAUCAGGAAACCCAGACACAAGAGGAGAUCUAUGACGAUAGAAAGCAGCGACAGUAGCUCUGACAGCGAUGAGCCUGGUGUGAGAACCCUCGUCAGGCGCCGUCGUGCUAUAGAUGAUGAUGAUGAUGACCCCUUGAAUAAAGAAAACAAUGGGGAACCUUCAGGAGAGGUCAAGGCCCCAAACAAGAAACAAUUGAGGAAAGAUAACUUGAAACAACUUGUUGAGAAAAGACGAUCCAAAAACCCAAGAAACAGCUGGGAAUCCGAUGAGGCAAGUUCCAGCAGUGUGUACAGUCCCCUGACUCCAGAAACAUUGGGUGAAGAUGAGGACAGUCAGGAGAUGAAAGACUUUAUAGAGCAAGAUGAGGAGGAAGAUCCGGAAGAUGAAGAUGGAAACCGACCGUCAAGAUAUCAGGAAUUGUUCCUGAAGCACAGAAUUCCUCAGUUUGCUUCUAAUGACCUUUAUACACAUCUCCAGAAGGUGAUCAAGGCUUUGCUAAUUAACAUUGCCGAUAACACAUUUCUGGAAACUCUGUAUGAAGGAAAAAGAGAGAAGAGGUAUGCAAAAGACAUGCUGAAGUCCCUGAAUUAUUUGGAUGAACGCAUCAUAGCUCCUCGUCUUGAAAAACUCACCACAAGCUGUCGUUGGAAGCCCCGGUACAAGGAGAGGGUAAAUGCUUACCCAAAACUCAACAUAAGUAUAAUGAUAGCUGUUAAACAAUCCUGCGAUGCCUGUGAAUUGCUCCGGUACUGCACAUACUUUGUGGCCCUCUCUGGACAAGCCUAUGACAGUGAAACAUUAGAAAACGAUGACUUCCUUCCUGAAGAUAAACAGCUGUUGGUGGUUGGCAAAACAUGUGGCCGUCGUACUGAAGUGUAUCACCGAGUCAGGCAUUAUAAGUUCCACCUGUACCAGAGCUGCAUUCCUUUUUUACAGAAAUCUAAGAAACAUUCCGUUAAAGAAUCAGUGGAAAUAGCUCUAUCCAAGAUGGAAGAACAACAAUUUAUUACGGAGGCAGUUGAUCGUCUUCAAAAUUAUGUGGAUGCAGCAGAAACUUUUAAGGAUGAAACAGAGGAGUCAUUAAUCGCUUAA